AAAUAAAAAUGGACUGCUCAACAGACGCUCUGCAAUUAGAGACUAAGAUAUUUUUAUUAGGUCUAUAAAUAGUUGAUGGAUCCUAAAGAAGGCUUACGGCUCUUCACUCUUCUAUACCGUUGUUGUCUCGAAGAUUCUGUGGUGGUUUCCAAAAGCAAACUUGGCUUGAAUGGCUGACAAAAGCAAGAUCUUGAUCGUUGGGGGGACUGGUUACUUCGGAAAGUUCGUGGUGGAAGCAAGUGCGAGGGCCGGUCAUCCAACCUUCGCUUUGGCUAGGGAGAGCACAGUUUCUGAUCCAGUUAAGGGAAAGAUUAUCGAGAAUUUCAAGAACUUGGGGGUCACCAUACUUCCUGGAGAUCUUUACGACCAUCAGAGUUUGGUGAAGGCAAUUAAGCAGGUGGAUGUGGUGAUAUCCACAGUUGGUGCCCUGCAAGUUGCUGAUCAGACCAAGAUUAUUGCCGCCAUUAAUGAAGCUGGUAAUAUUAAGAGGUUCUUCCCUUCAGAGUUCGGGAAUGAUGUGGAUCAUGUUCAUGCUGUUGAGCCAGCAAAAUCUGCAUUUGAGACAAAGGCUCAAAUUCGCCGUGACAUUGAAGCUGCAGGGAUCCCCUAUACUUAUGUGCCCUCCAACUUCUUUGCUUCCUUGAUCAUCCGCAUAUUGCUCCAGCCAGGAAGUAAUAAAGUCACUAUCCAAGGAGAUGGCAAUGUCAAAGCCGUUUUUAACAAGGAAGAUGACAUUGCAACCUACACCAUAAAAGCUGUAGAUGAUCCAAGAACCUUGAACAAGACCCUCCUCAUUAAGCCUCCUAAUAAUGUUUACACUUUCAAUGAGCUUGUUGCUCUGUGGGAGAAGAAGUUGGGCAAGAUCCUCGAGAAAACCUAUGUUCCAGAAGAGCAGCUUCUCAAGGACAUCCAAGCUGCCCCAAUUCCAUUUAAUGUUGGUCUGGCAAUCAAUCACUCUGUCUUCAUUAAGGGAGAUCAGACAAACUUUGAGAUUGACCCAUCAUGGGGUGUUGAGGCUUCUGAGCUAUAUCCAGAUGUCAAAUACAGCACUGUUGAUGAAUUACUUGAUUUGUUCGUUUGAGGAAUUUAAACCUACUACUUCAGUACUUGUCGGCGAAAUAACUCUAUGGUUGCAAGUGGAUGUUUACUGCAAAUGAGUGUUUAUGCUUCUAAUUAUCAAGUUCUCUGUCAGUAUAACCUUUUGUGAAUUGAUGCCGCUAUGCUAAAUUCCUCUGGUUUUAUAUCUAUGGCAGUGAUCAGUUUUAAGUAAAUUCUGAGUUAUAUUAACUGUCAACUUCUGAUGAAUAAAACUGCAGAAGUGUUCUGGUGA